AGCUGCGGCGACGGCCCCGCGUCGCAACGCUAUGGCGUCGGUCGCCGCCUGGCUGCCGUUCGCCCGCGCGGCAGCUAUCGGAUGGGUGCCCAUCGCCACCCACCCGCUCCCACCCCCACCUGUCCCCAAAGAUCGUAGGAGAGCCGAAGACGAGAAACUCCUCAUCAACGUAUCCGGACGACGGUUCGAAACAUGGCGGAACACAUUGGAGAAGUACCCGGACUCCCUCCUCGGAUCCACCGAAAGGGAGUUCUUCUACGACGAGGAUAGCAGAGAGUACUUUUUUGACAGAGACCCUGAUAUCUUUAGGCACAUACUCAAUUACUACAGAACCGGGAAAUUGCAUUAUCCAAAACACGAGUGUUUGACUGGUUAUGAUGAGGAGUUAGCUUUCUUCGGCAUAUUGCCGGACGUGAUCGGUGAUUGUUGCUAUGAAGACUACAGGGAUAGAAAACGGGAAAAUGCUGAACGCCUUAUGGACGAUAAGCUCAGUGAGGCUGGCGAUCAGAGCCUGCCUCAGCUCACAGAUUUGCGACAAAAGAUGUGGAGGGCUUUCGAGAAUCCCCACACCUCGACUGCCGCCUUAGUAUUUUAUUAUGUGACUGGAUUUUUCAUUGCCGUUUCUGUCAUGGCAAACGUUGUAGAGACGGUGCCGUGCGGGCAUCGGCCUGGACGUGCAGGGACGCUGCCAUGCGGCGAGCGCUAUAAAAUAGUAUUCUUCUGCCUAGACACAGCUUGCGUGAUGAUAUUCACAGCUGAAUAUCUGCUGCGGUUAUUCGCGGCUCCGGACCGCUGCAAAUUCGUGCGGUCCGUGAUGUCUAUCAUUGACGUGGUAGCCAUCCUACCAUACUACAUCGGUUUGGGCAUCACCGAUAACGACGACGUCUCCGGCGCGUUCGUGACGCUACGAGUGUUCAGAGUGUUCCGUAUCUUCAAGUUCUCCCGGCACUCCCAAGGCCUAAGAAUCUUAGGAUACACGUUGAAAUCGUGCGCGAGCGAAUUGGGCUUCCUUGUCUUUUCAUUGGCGAUGGCUAUUAUUAUAUUCGCGACCGUCAUGUUCUACGCUGAAAAGAACGAACAAGACACGAACUUCACAUCCAUUCCUGCUGCUUUUUGGUACACGAUCGUGACAAUGACAACACUGGGGUACGGUGACAUGGUGCCUGGCACGAUAGCUGGCAAGAUAGUGGGCGGCGUAUGUUCACUGUCCGGUGUGCUCGUGAUCGCCCUGCCCGUCCCCGUCAUAGUGUCCAACUUCUCACGAAUCUACCACCAGAACCAGCGAGCUGAUAAACGCAAAGCGCAGAGGAAAGCACGCCUCGCACGUAUCCGCAUCGCCAAGGCAUCAUCAGGGGCGGCUUUCGUCUCCAAGAAGAAGGCAGCAGAAGCUCGCCUCGCUGCCCAAGAGUCGGGCGUAGAACUCGACGACACGGGUAGAGAUGAAGACAUUUUCGAGUUGCAGCAUCAUCAUCUGUUGAGAUGUCUAGAACGCACAACGGUAAGAGAAUUCGUCCUUAACAUGAUUUUAAUAAGAUGCUUUUUCGGUUUUCACAAGUAAUGUACAAGUAUCUGUUCGGUACUAUCAAAUAAUUCAUCAUAUUCAUCAUGAUCAAUUUAUGGAAAACAUUACUGUAAACUCACAAGAUUUUUUGAUAGUACUAGCACAAGAAGAAUUCUUCACAAACCCCAUAGAAGUUUCGUGCCAAUCAAGCUGAAUUGGAUAGUCGAUUCCUCUAUGCUUUAAACUCAAAAAUAUCGGAAAAUAUGUGAUGAUAUUUAAUAAUAACGUCUUUGUUUAUUUAGUUGUCCAAAUUAUGCUUCAUUUGGAAAUAUCUAAAUUGUAUAGGUAUUUUAGGACAUAUUUAACUAUCUAUACCUUUGUAAUCAAUUAUUAUUUGUAAAUCAUCCAUAUGUCGCCAUUUAACUUCAAUUAGACAUCAUUAAAAGUAAACAAGAAAGUGGAUAAUAUCAACACUUUCUAGUAGCACGUGCAUGAAUAAAUGUUGUCUGUACAUCGAGCAUAACAUUUACAAAAAAUAUUUUUUUAAGUCUAUGAUGCUACAGCUGUCGCCCUCUUUUGCCGGCCAUCAUCAACGUCUUAUCAAUUACAGUGCUUUCGCUACGAGGUGCAUCAAGCAUACUUUGACUUCCAUGCACCGUACCGUACACAUUAUAUUAACUACUACUCAUAACAGGUGGCGGAUGCUGCUUGUGAUUACAUGCCGUUCGUAAUAAGUACAUUGGUAUAGCUAGAGAUUUUUCGUAAGGGGGGGGCAUGCCAUGAAUCUUGUUAAUAAUAAAGUUAUUUUAUAUAUAAGAAAGGAUAUUUUUCUAUGGUGGGCCCACAGCUUUAUAAGAUGCUCCCCCCGAGAUACGUCUAUGAAUAUAUAUUUCUUUUUGCGGCGUUUUUAAUUGUUUGCGGCAAAGUUGAAAAAGAAUUGCCAUUAUCACUCAUAAAGCAUUACGAUUAUUGUUUUAGGUAGUUUAUG